AUGGAUCGAAGAAAAUUAGCGGCAUUAUUGAUGCUUCCAAAUGAUAAGGCAUUAGAAUAUUUUUGUACAUGCUUUAUAGUUGUCGGGUUUAUGUACAUGUAUGUAGCAAUGCGAUUGAGAAAUGAUAGAGGUGCUAGGAAUCGAAUAAAUAGGACUGCAGAGUUGCGUUCGUCUUUUGUAACUAGUUUGUUGGACAAUGAUGUUAACUGUAUUAGUCAACUUAGGAUGGAUAGGAGAACAUUUGGUAUUUUAUGUCAGUUAUUACGCCAUGAUGGAUAUGUUAAAAGAGAUGGUACUGUUACAUUGGAAGAGCAAGUGUGCAUAUUUUUGCAUAUAAUUGCUCAUCAUACAAAGAACCGUACAAUUAUCACUAGAUUCAAUAGAUCGGGGGAAACAGUUAGUAGAUAUUUCAAUUCAGUGUUGAAUGGAGUGUUACGUUUACAUGGGACAUUGUUGAGGCAUCCUGAACCUGUGUCAGAUAAUUGUUCGGAUGAUAGAUGGAAAAUAUUUAAGGUAUGUUAAUCAAUUAGUUUGGUUACUUUAUUUAAUUCGUAGAUAUAUGUGGCAAUAUCUUAUGUAACUAAUUUUGUUUGUGACCUAGAAUUGUUUGGGAGCAUUAGAUGGAACUUAUAUUAAGGUUAAUGUACCCGAAAUCGAUAAGCCGAGAUAUCGAACCAGGAAGGGUGAGAUAGCCACAAAUGUUUUAGGUGUAUGUAACCCAAAUAUGGAAUUCAUAUUUGUAUUACCUGGUUGGGAAGGUUCCGCUUCAGACUCAAGAGUACUUCGAGAUGCAUUAAGUAGGCCAAAUGGAUUAAAAGUACCCACCGGUUAUUAUUAUUUAGUGGAUGCUGGUUACACUAAUGGUGAAGGAUUUCUUGCACCAUAUAGGGGAACAAGAUAUCACCUUUCCGAAUGGAGAGAUAGUUGUGCACCUGCAAAUCAUGAAGAGUAUUUCAAUAUGAAGCAUGCAUCUGCUAGAAAUAUAAUAGAAAGAUGUUUUGGGGUUCUAAAAAUGCGAUGGGCAAUUUUAAGAAGUCCAUCGUUCUAUCCAAUUUCAAUCCAAAUUAAGAUAAUUACUGCAUGUUGUUUGAUACAUAAUCUUAUUAGGAGAGAAAUGGCACUUGAUCCUGGAGAAGCUGAAUUUGAUAUGAGUAACGAUGCUGACAUAAGUGGGGAUGAAGAUAUUAUAGGGUCAAUUGGUUCUUCGGAUCAAUGGACUAAUUGGAGAAAUGAGUUAGCUAGGCAUAUGUUUGAUGAGUGGAGAAGUCGUCGUGGUUAAUAGUUGAUUGUUAUGAUUUAUAUAAUUUUGUAACUGUUUAAUUUUAUGGUGUUUGUUACAUCUUUUGUAUGAAGACUAAAUUAUAUUAAAUAUAACAUAUGAGAUUUUUAUUAUUUGUUAUUAAA